AAUCCAAUGUAUUAUCAACAAUACAAUGGACCAUUGAAUUAUGAGCUUGAUAGCAGUAAUGGAUUAAUACCAUUGGAGCAUAAUGACUAUCCACUGAUAUCAGUUGUAGUAGAUUUAUUUACUUCAUCAAGCAGCUAUGAAGUAUACUUAAAGACCACAGUCAAAGAAUUUAUGAGAUCUACUAAAUUUAGCAUAAUAUCAAGUAUAUGUAACCUCAUUUUAUUAGAUAUUAUACAAUUAUUGACUGUGUCAAUAGCUCCGACAAUGGAAGGUACACCAGUUCAAAAUACAAGCAAUUUACUAAUAAUACUAGUAGCAGUUAUUAGUACAGCAGUAUUUAUAUUACUGGUAGUUACUAUACUAGUAAUAUUAAUAGUGAGUGUAUUAGUGUGUAGGAGAAAGCAGUUUAAUGGAAAUGGUAAUAGCACUUAUAUUAACAGAUCUAAUGAUACUGAAAGAAUAGCUGAUGAACACCAACAGCAAGCAACAGAUGGACAGAACAACCUACCAAAUAUAUCUGCAAAUCCUGCAUAUGGUAUUAUUGGAGGAAAUGAAAGUAAAGGUAUUGAUAAAGAAUUCUUUGCACAUGUAUAUGAUGAACCAAGAACAAUGAUUAAUGAACAAGAGGUUACAAUAACACAGAAUGAAGCAUAUGGACAGUUGGAAAGACAAUGAAUAUAUAGCGCAUCAUCAACAAUUAAUGAGUGGAGUUUAAAACAACCAUUAAGUUGAUAUUAAUUAUUGUCGUACGGACAAAUUACAAUUAUAAAGUCAGUGGAAAACAGUAGGCACUAGUAUUUACAAGUUGAGCUGCCAAUUGUCUUCAGCUUUAUUUUAUCACAACAGUUAGCUCUAGUACACAGAAAUUGCCAAAAAUUUUAUUUCACCUCUAGGUCUACCACACUUUAGUUGGUUAUUUUUUUGAAGGGGCAAAAUUUUUGUGAACUGAAUUGCUGGGCAAAUGGGUCUUACACAUAAAAUUGUCAUAAAUUUGCUAGUAUUUUUUACAUUAUCAUACAAAGAUACCUGCAUGCACUCCAGCAUGCAGCAUGGUAGCUAGAAUUUAGGCCCUGUGCAGUUUAAGUUAAAAUCUAUUCCAAUGGCACUGUCUAAUAAUAACAGAAAAUAAAAAAGUUGCUGAACAUUCAUUAUGUGUUGAGGCUUGACCAUCACCUCAUGUUUGAGUGAAAUGUAUUAUGUAGACCUUUAUAAAGUAGUCUAAA